AUGAGCCGUCUCACUCGCUUGCUUCUGGUGCUGUUCUGCGCUGGGGAAAUAUGGAGCUUUGACCUCCUCAUUGCGGACAUCCCAGAGGAUCUGGAUGAGUGGCUGGACUUUGAGAUGGAUGGGAUCCUUUCACGAUCCACACGGAGAAAUGGCAGAUACCAGAGGAGCAUAUCUGCUGCCGACGAUUCAGGAGAAGAGGUGCGAGGCGCCGACGACAUCAUCCUUUAUAGCUACAAGGUCCAGUCGGUCAUUACAUCUCGACUGGCCAACACGAUGGUCCAGAGCAAAGUGGCAAAUAACGCCAAGCACGCACAGAAUCUGGUCUUCGACGUCCAGAUCCCAAAAGGGGCUUUCAUCCAUAACUUCACUAUGAAUGUCAACGGCAUCACGUUUACUAGCUCGAUUAGAGAAAAAUCUGAAGCCAGAAGCCAAUUCGCACAAGCCAGAGCCAGGGGCAAAACGGCUGGAAUACUGAGGAGUAAUGCCCUCGACACGGAGAACUUCAAAGCCGAACUCAACGUGCCCGGAGGAACCAAAGUCCAGUUUGAAAUCCACUACGAAGAGGUGAUCCGAAGGAGAUUGUCAUCUUACGAGCACAUUAUCCCACUACAGCCCGGUCGGCUGGCUAAACACCUAGAGGUGGACAUCCGCAUCAUUGAGCCUCAGGGGAUUAGUUUUGUCUACGUUCCCAACUCCCUUGGAGACACAUUUUCAGAUGUUACUACCAUCACCAAAGGAGAAAAAAAGGUCCACCAUUUUAGGUCCACCACGUUCCCUUCUACAGUGAUCGAUGGCAAUUUUGUGGUGGUGUACGAUGUAAACAGAGAUACCAAAGCGGGAGAACUGGAGAUUUUCAAUGGUUAUUUCAUCCACUUCUUUGCUCCCGAAAAUCUGGAGUUCCUGCCCAAAAAUAUCCUCUUUGUGAUUGAUGUCAGCGGCUCAAUGUGGGGGCUGAAAAUGAAGCAAACUGUCGAAGCGAUGAAGACCAUCCUGGGGGACCUCCGCUCCGACGACAAGUUCUCAAUUCUCGACUUCAACCACAACGUGCGGACCUGGAGAGACAGCUUGGUGCAAGCUUCCAAAUCGGAGACCGAAGCUGCCAAGAAGUAUGUUGAGGGGAUCCAUCCCCAUGGAGGGACAAAUAUUAAUGAUGCUCUCCUACGGGCGAUCUUUAUUUUAAACGAAGCCAAUAGACUUGGAAUGUUGGAUCCAAACUCCGUGUCCAUGAUUGUGCUGGUUUCAGAUGGAGACCCUACUGUGGGAGAACUUAAGCUGCCCACUAUUCAAAAGAAUGUGAAGAAGAACGUUCAGGAGGACACCUCGUUGUUCAGCCUUGGCAUUGGCUUUGAUGUCGACUACGAUUUCCUGAAGAGACUGUCCACUGAAAAUAACGGAAUCGCGCAAAGGAUUUUUGGAAACCAGGAUACCGCCUCUCAAAUGAAGAAAUUCUACAACCAAGUCUCCACCCCACUUCUGAAAAACAUAGAGUUCAACUAUCCCCAGGGCAUGGUAUCGGAUGUCACCCACCACAGUUUCCAGAACUACUUUGGAGGAUCAGAGAUUAUGGUAGCAGGGAAAGUCGACACGGAAAACGCGCAACACUUGCAGAGUGUUAUUACAGCCACUUCUUCCAAUGCAGAGUUAGUCUUGGAGACCUUGGCGGAUUCCGAGGGUCUGGAUGACUUCCUGAACAAAGAUAAGCACGCAGAUCCCAAAUUCACCGAGAAGUUGUGGGCCUACCUUACCAUCAACCAGCUUACGGCCGAGAGAAACCUAGCUUCGACGGGUGCCCUGAAAAGGAACAUCUCUAAAAGGAUCUUGCAGAUGUCCCUUGACCACCACAUCAUAACACCGUACACAGCGAUGCUGAUCGAGCACCCGGACGGAGAUGAAAUCAUGCUGGCUGACUCGCCCCGGGACAAUAAGCGGGCAUGCUGUCCAGGCGCUUUAGCUGUCGGCCACCCAAAGCCCGACAACGCCAUCCCACCCUGGGCCAAGUCCACCUCGAUGCCGAAGGAACCAUUAAGUGCCAUCAAAGGGCCAACCGCAGCAGCCAUCCACGCGGGAUCCUUAAUUAUUGGUCAAGCAGUGACUGACAAUUCCAUCCCAUCUUGGGCGAGGCCCACCCCGAAGCCAGGGGGCCCAUUAGCUGUGGUCAUGGGUCCAACUCUUUCUGCCAUACACGCAGGAACUUUACUUUUAGGGCAACCCCAGCCUGGUAAUACCACUACGUCUCUUGGCAAUCCGGCAAAGAAACCAGCUGACAGCGGAAUACAUGCAGUGGACAACGACCCCCAUUUCAUCAUCAACCUGCCCAGACAACAGGAGAACAUCUGCUUCAAUAUAGAUUCCAAACCUGGAGCGAUCCUGAACCUGGUUUCAGAUGCAGAGUCUGGGAUUGCUGUUAACGGUCAGCUUGUUGGGGCCAAACAGGCCGUCAACGAGAAGCUGCAAACCUACUUUGGUAAGAUCGGGUUUGAUUUCAAAAAGAAAGGUGUAAAAGUCGAAGUGAGCACCGAGGCUAUCACCCUUAUGGACAGCUCCUCCAGCACUUCCCUUUCCUGGUCUGACCCAGGGAGGAUCAUUCGGAGAAGGCUGCUCAUCGUUGUGAACAGGAACAGCAGUGCCACCAUCAUUGUUAACGGGAACACAACUUUCACGGUGUUGCUUCACCGAGCGUGGAAGAAACAUCCCGUCAACGUGGAUUUCCUGGGGAUCUACAUUCCUCCUGAGAACCAGUUCUCCUCCAGCGUCCACGGCCUUAUAGGUCAGUUCAUAGUUGAACCUGCUGUGCUUAUCUACAACGAACGGCCAGGGCAGGAUCCGGAGAAACCCGAAGCCACCAUGGAAGUGAAGGGCCACAAGCUUAAUGUGACGUGGGGAUUCCAAAAGGACUACCGCCUGAACCGAGUGGUCGGGAUCCGCGUUCAGUGCUGGUUCGUGCACAACAGCGGGAAAGGCUUCCUCGAUGGCCGCUACCAAGAUUACCUCGUCCCUACCUUGUACAGCUUUCUGAACCGGCCCUAA